AUGUCAGAUACUAGCCAUCUUAAACCUAUUGCAUCCGGCAGCUCACACAUACUGAAUCCACGAGCCAAUUCUAAAGACCACGCCGAUCUUCUGAAUAUUCCCCAUAGCGAUCCGAAACGUAACUCGGGAUCAAAGCUGCUUAAUAGGCGUAAUACUCUCUCUGUUGCUGCUAGUGCUAUCCGACGUACGAGCAUCAGAGUUGUCAACCUAGCAGGAAAUGUUCUGCCUGAUAAUCGUUGCUCCGCACCUCCUGGCAGUCGAAAUCUUAGUGCAAUCGAAUUAACAGAUUGCGGUCCUGCUCUUCCCAGCGAAAGAGAAUUUCCUCAUCAAAGGCUGACUGAUAGCGAGGAUGGACAUUCGAUUCUCAAUGUUGGAGAUCAUUCUACUGACUCGAAUCCCUACCUUCAACUCCGAGGCCAUACCCUUGGGAUCUUUGGUCCUCGAAACCGCUUUCGAUUGAGCCUUUUUUAUCUGUUCAAGUCAACGAUUGUGGAACCCUUGAUCUUUCUGCUCAUUAUUCUGGAUGGGGUCGUCUUGACAAUUCAAUCUUCGAAGAGUGUUUGGGACUUUCCGCGCCCCAGCAAGGGCUAUUUUCAUACCUGGGAGGAUUAUGCGCUUUUUAGCCUCUUCUGUAUUUUCACAUUCGAAAUGAUGGCUCGAAUCGUUGUUUCUGGAUUUGUACUUAAUGACGACGGCUCAGCCACGCCCACGUCCGUGGCCGAGAUCUUGAAUAAAAAACUGUCUUUUAAAUCCCGAUUUGGUAGGAAAGCAUCAAAUUCUCCACGAUUUCCAAACUCUCACCCCAAAGAUCGAUCGCCUUUUCGUACAAUGUCCCUGGGCCCCUCUCUGGGUCCAUCGUCUAAAAUCUUUUUUCAAGAAACUCCCUUUCGCUCAGGAAUCAAGCGACAACAGAAACAAUUGAUUACUCAAACUGCUUAUCUCAGACACUCUUGGAAUCGUACUGACUUUGUUGCCAUCGUCAGCUUUUGGAUUUCAUUUGUGUUGAGCGUCUAUGGCUGGGAAUCUCAAUACCAGCUGUAUGUAUUCAGAGCGCUAAGUGUUCUGAGACUCAUGCGAUUAUUGACAAUCACGUCUGGAACCACGGUCAUUCUAAAUUCAUUGAAGCGGGCUUCUCCAUUAUUGGUCAACGUUCUAUUUUUUGUCUUUUUCGCUGCUGUCCUGUUCAGUAUCGUUGGUGUACAAAGCUUCAAGGGCUCCUUUGAGCGAUAUUGUGUUUGGAUAGAUCCUGCUGGCCAAUCAAACUACACGUUCCCUUUGCAAUCUUGUGGCGGCCACUAUGAAGCGGUCACAGGACUUCCUCGUGGAUUUGUUCAAAAUUCGACAGGCCUGCCGUUCAAUAAUCCGAAAGGAUAUCUUUGUCCGCAAGGUCAACUUUGCAUGGAAACUGGCAAUCCGAACAAUGGGACUCAAAAUUUCGACAACGUUGCUGGAGCAGCAAUGCAGGUGAUUGUGAUUGCAUCUGCGAAUACAUGGGCCAAUAUGAUGUACAGCCUGAUGGAUGCAGAAUACUUUUUGUCCUGCUUGUUCUUUGUGAUCUGCUUACUCGUCCUGAACUUUUGGCUCUUGAAUAUAUUGGUCGCGGUGAUUACAAAUACCUUUGCUGAAAUCAUGGACGAGACAAAGUGUAGUGCAUUUGCCAGCAGUUCUGGUGUAUCAGAUGCCGCUACCCAUAAGAAGUCUAUUAAACCCAGUCUACUGAGAAAGGUCAAUAAUUGGCUGUACUACUUUUGGGUACUCGUUGUCUUUGCCGAUUUUGUUGUGCAAGCCACCAGAACAGCAAACAUGUCUCCGGAGGCCAGUCUCUGGCUAGAUCGUGCCGAACUAUACUUCACGAUUGCUUUCGUGUUUGAAAUUUUGCUGAGAUUUCUCGGCUACUUACCUAAUCAAGCGCGACAAUUUGUUAACGGUGUCAACAUGGCUGAUGCCACUUUAGCUUGUAUCACCAUCGUGAUCCAAAUCCCCUUGUUCAAGCGUUCGCCUGCUUACCCAUGGCUCACGUUCUUUCAAAUCGCUCGAUUCUAUCGCGUUAUCGUAGCAUUUCCACGUACUGGGCCUUUGCUGCAAAAAUUACGAGGUUCUUUCACUGGACUUAUGAACAUGAUCCUGUUUCUGAUGGGGAUCAAUUUCUUUGCUGCUUUGCUCGCGGUCCAACUGUUUCGCGGUGUAAUUCCCAAGAGUGACGAUACAGAAAUGACUUUUUAUCAAAUGUGGAACGCUUUCUUGGCGAUGUACCAGAUUUUCUCUUCGGAAAAUUGGACAACUGUCUUGUAUUCUGCAAUGGCUGCUCAGGCUCCUUACGGCCAGGCUUUUAUCUCAGGAAUCAUGAUCUCUUGCUGGUUUUUGUUUGCUAAUUUCGUUUUGCUACAGAUGUUCAUUGCCGUCAUCUCUGAGGGCUUUGCUGUGGCAGAGGAGCAAAAACGAAAGGAACAAGUACGAGCACUUAUCAAUCGGUCCAGGCCUGAGGUUGGACCUUAUCAAUGGUACUCCAAUUUCAAUCCAUAUAACUAUGUCAAGCCCAAAUCAGUCGUCGCCGACAACCUCCCAGGAAAAUCGGGGUUGCCUAUGCAAAAGUCAAUGGUCCGAACCUUUACGAUGCCGCGUGGUGACGAGAACACAUCAGUACAUCAAAACGCCUUUGUAAUCCGAGCCAGGAAAGCUUUCCAUCUUGACAAUCCUACGAAGAAAUCGGCCCCGAAUGCUGUCACGGCUCAUGCUGCUGCUGACGCAGAGUAUGAUAAAUCCUUAGACUACAUGUCGAUGACUGCAAGUCAACGACAAAGAUUUUACGCGGACGAACGUAAUGAACGUCGAGCUUUGCAGUUGGACUUCAUCGCCUCUCACCCAACCUAUGACAAAUCUCUCUGGAUCUUCUCGCAGCGCAACAUUAUCAGGAUGAUGUGUCAGAAAUUAGUUGAACCGGCCUAUGGAGAGCGGAUCUUGGGGCAACAAGCCAAUAAGAUAGCUAGCACUGCAUUUGAGUCGACGGUAUUUGCGGCUAUAGCAGGAAGUGUCAUUGUCGCUGCUAUCGCCACACCGGUCUAUAAACAGCAUCAUUAUCUAUUGCACGGCGAGUCCAUUCACACCUGGUUCAAUCAAGCCGAGAUCAGUUUGGGAAUGUUCUUCGUCUUGGAAUUCCUCAUCAAAAUCGUUGCAGACGGUUUCAUCUUCACUCCCAAUGCAUAUUUCCUUAACACAUGGAAUCGAAUCGAUUUUUUGGUCCUCAUCACCUUGAUAACUGACGUCAUUGCGUCUCUAGUCUAUGGAGGCACCACUAGUCGAAUCACUCGUUCUUUAAAGGCCUUUCGUGCUCUGAGACUGAUCAACAUGUCGCAAAGCAUGCGAGAGACAUUCUACAACGUCCUUGUCUUGGGCUUCGGGAAUCUGAUCGAUGCAUCCGUUUUGACAGUGAUGUACAUUGUGCCCUUCGCCGUGUGGGGUCAAAACAUCUUUGCCGGCUUGUUAUAUAGCUGUAAUGACAGCUCCCCUGGUAUCUUGGGUAAAGCUCAAUGUGUCGGCGAGUAUGUGGGUGCACCGUCCAGCUUGAGUGGCGCGCCAGCUAGCUUCAAUUAUUUGAUGCCUAGGGUGUGGAACAAUCCUUAUGUCUACUCAUUUGAUUCAUUUCGAUCUGCGGUACUUAUCUUGUUUGAGAUUAUCUCACUGGAAGGUUGGAUCAAUGUCAUGGUCAGUUUGAUGUCGAUCACUGGGAAAGACCAACAACCGAGUCAAGAUGCCACUCAGAUCAAUGCGAUCUACACUUUAGUCUACAAUCUCUUUGGGGCUACGGUCGUGUUGACGUUAUUCUUGGCGGUCAUCAUCAACAAUUUCUUGAAACGGUCUGGAUCGGCCUUUCUAACCACUGAGCAACAACAAUGGAUCAAUCUCAGACGACUGAUCCUACGUCAACAGCCUUCGAAAAUACCAAGGGCACGGCCACGCGAUCCCAUACGUGAUUGGUGUUACAGCCGUGCAACCCAAAAGCACGGAUGGUGGUCGAGAAUGAUGACGGGAUUGUAUGUUUUCCACGUCAUCAUCUUGAUGACUUUUGCCAGGUCCAACAGUGCCACGAAGCUGGACCAGUAUCGCGAUAUGCUAUUUUUAUUACUUGCUUCAAUAUAUUUGGCUGACGUGGUCAUCAGACUCAUGGGAAUAGGUUGGAUCAGUUUUCGACAGAACGGAUGGAAUUUUUACGAUGUGCUAGUCAUCAUCGGAACCUUUGCAACCACGGCCCCGGUUGUUUUAGCUAACAAAGAGAUUAGCAAUGUGAUGAUUCAGUUUCAGAAAUUCUUCUUAGUCGCAAUUGCCUUCAAGUUAGUGGUGAAGAACAAUGCGUUGAACCAGCUUUUCAAAACGGCCAUCUCUAGUCUUCCAUCGAUCACCAAUUUGUUGGGGUUAUGGGCUGUCCUCUUUGUUGUGUGGGGAAUUCUUUUUGUUGAGAACUUUAGCUUGACAAGGAUGGGUCCUUCGUCGUUGACCAGGAACUCAAAUUACCAGAGCUUAGCCAAUGCACUCGUGAUGUUGGCGACUCAGAGUACUGGGGAGGCGUGGAACUCGUUUAUGCACGACUACACUAUCGAAGCUCCUUACUGUGUAUCAUCGCCCAACUUUCUGUUCAAUGACUGCGGCAGCGCCGAGGCCGCCUACAUCCUUUUCAUAUCGUGGAACGUCAUCUCGAUGUACAUUAUAUUGAACAUGUUUACUGGUUUGGUGGUAGACAAUUUUGCUUAUGUAUUUCAACUGUACGGAAAGGUGAAAGCGAUCGACAGGGAAGAAGUGCGGAGGUUCAAAAAGGUCUGGUCUGAUUUCGAUCUCGAUCGGACUGGCUACCUUCAGCGACAUCAGUUCAUCCCCUUCUUUGCGCGCUUGACGGGCGCGUUCAAUGUCAGCAUCUAUCCACCCGAGCUCCGUUUACCAGCUUUGCUUGAAGCGUGUACGCAAAAGCCGGAUUCAGUCAACUUUGAAGAUGCAGAACGGAUGCACUCUGAUACCCAAGCCUCGACUUCACGCUUCAGUCCUCAUGCGCCCGGGCUUGACCUUCAUGAACUUAAUGCACGGUUAUCAUUCUUGGACCCUACGGAGACCAAAGCGCGCCGAAAUCUCUUCAAUCACUUAUAUCAAGAAGCCCUGAUGUCCGAAAAACCAGGACGAGGGUUAUCAUUUACUGGAAUGAUGCUUUUACUAGCGCAUCGAAAAUUGAUUGAAGAUGAUCAAGGAUUACAACUCGAAGAACUCUUACAACGAAAAACUAAGAAAGAAAAAGUCGCAGAUCUUGUUAACUUUGACCGUGUUCAGGGCCUCUUCAGAACUCUGCUGCUUCGACGGAAAUUCAAAACCACAAUGGCUCUAAAGAAACAGGGCCAGACCAAAGGUGAAAGAAUAUUCUUGAUUUGUCUUUUUUCAAUCUAUCCUGUAUGA